AUGGUUUGUGACGUAAAUGAAGAGUUCAAUCGCAAAAAUGUGAAAAACUUUGAUGCUAGUAACUUACCACCAUGCAAAAGUGAGCUUUUACAGCAGUUUCGACGAGCUAAUUAUAUCACUAGUCUCUGGAAGAAUGCUCAUAUGAAGAAAAUUAGUAUUUUUAGUCCUGACAAUAAUGGGUGGACGUUGGAAGAUAAUAAAUAUCAUUUUAACUGGUUUGAUGGGGACCAAUUGCCGAGCUUUGUCAGUGAAUCGCUUCAAGAAGAAUCAGAAAAUGAAAGUAAUAAGGAUGAUAAUGAAGAUAGUCAAUGCCAACAUUGGGUUGAUGAUGACUUAUCAAACGACGAUGAUGACAGUAAAGAUCACGCUGAAUUGUAA